AUGAGUCGCUACCAAAAUUACGACGAUCCAUCCUACAGCGAGAGGGAGCCCCUCGACAACAACUACCAUCGCUCCCCCUCCCGGUCGCCGGCCCGCACCAUGAACGACCCUUACUCGGACCCAUAUCAACAGUCGCAACAGCAACACUAUGCGCCCCAGGGCUAUCACUACGAGCAACCCCAUCCCGAGUCCAAGUUUGAGCAACUCCGAGCUGAGCGCCAGUACAACCGCGACCACGCACAGACGCAGAGCCAGGGUCAAGGCCAGGAUAGGUACGCAUCCGAUCAGCACCACCAGCAACAGCAUCACCACGAUCCCAACGCCUACGACCCUCACGCGCCCUACCCGCCCGCCCACGGCACCCACGGCAACUGGGGUGUAACACCAGGCGCCGACAACUUUGGCAAUACCGCCGCCGGCGGCAUGGCUGGCAUCGCCUACAACGUCGCCGACCAGAACGCCCGUCAGUCGGGCGUCGACGCCAUGAACACCGGCUACCCCUCUGCACCACAGUCUUCGCUCGCGCAAGCUGGACCCCCUGCUGGCGGCUACUACCAACAGCAGCGUCCCGCGCCCCUCGACCGCGACAGCCACUCGUCUCUGACGCCCCUCGGCGCUGCCGCCGCCGCCCCCGGCCAGGGCACCCCGUCCCGCAGCCCACUGGGCUACGGCGCCCACGAUCCGUACAGCGACGACCCCUACCAGGGCUACUCGACGUCUCACCACAACCUCGGCGUCGUGAACCCCCACGACAUUGCCGACGACGGCGACGAUGGCCUCGGAUACCCCCGCCCCCAGCGCAACUCCAUGUUGAGUCUGUCGCACAGCGACCGCGGCAGCAGCGUUGCCGGUGGCGCCGCCGCUGCAGGAGGCGUGGCUGGUGCCGUCGGCGGUGGUCUCGCUGCCCGAAGCGCCGGUUCUGCCUCCGGCUCCGGCUACGGCCCCGUCCUUGGCAGCAGCGGCGGCAGAGGCGGUGCUGCGUAUGAUGGCGAAAAGUCGUCCGACUGGAUGGAGGAGCAGGGCAAAGGCAAGAAGAAGUGGAAAUGGGUCAUUAUUAUCGUCUCCAUUGUCGUCAUUAUUGGUGCCAUUCUCGGCGGCACGCUUGGCGCCAUUCUCCCGCGACAGGGCGGCGGCGGGUCAAGCAGCAGUGGCAGCUCCGGCAGCGGCCAGAGCGCCGACGAUGACACGAAGGAUAACGGCCUCCUGAACAAGAACUCGAAGGAGAUCAAAGACCUGCAAGACUCGACAAACCUGCACAAGGUCUUCAGCGGCUUCGACUACACACCCCUUGGCGUCCAGUACCCAGAGUGCCUCCACAACCCUCCGUCGGCCAACAAUGUCACACGCGACAUGGCUGUUCUCUCGCAACUCACGAACACGAUCCGACUCUAUGGCAAUGACUGCAACCAGACGGAACUUGUUCUGGACUCAUUCAAGCGUCUCGAGAUUGACAAGACGAUGCGCCUCUGGCUCGGCGUCUGGCUCGACAAGAACGCCUCUACCAACGCGCGCCAGCUCGCCGAGUUCUGGAACAUCAUGGACACCUACGGCGACAAGCCUUUCGAGGGCGUCAUUGUCGGCAACGAGGUUCUCUUCAGGGAGGACAUGUCGCUGACCGAACUCGGCAACGUGCUCACCGAGGUCCGCGAGAACAUGACGACCAAGGGCUUCUCGCUCCCCGUCGUGACGUCCGAUCUCGGCCGCGACUGGGACGCGCAGCUCGCCAGCGUCUCGGAUGGCGUGCUCGCCAACAUCCACCCGCUCUUCGGCGGUGUGCAAGCGACGGACGCGGCGAGCUGGUCCUGGAACUUCUGGACCCAGAGCGUGAGCCCCGUGUUCAAGACGAACAAGAAGCUCAACAUUGUGGCCGAGAUUGGCUGGCCGUCCGAGGGCGGCGUCGGGUGCGGCGACCAGACAACGACGUGCACCAACGGCGCUGAGGCGUCGAUUGAAGGCAUCAACGAACUGCUUGACGACUGGGUCUGCCCGUCGAUUGCCAACACGACGUACUUUUGGUUCUCGGCCUUUGACGAGCCGUGGAAGGCGAGGUUCGACACGCCCGGCAAGGCGUGGGAGAGCAAGUGGGGUCUUUUCGACGUCAACCGAAACCUCAAGAAGGGCAUCAAGAUCCCGGACUGCGGCGGCAAGACGAUUGACUAG